CGUGUGACGUCCUGACGUCACAGGGCCUGGCUAGCGAAGAGGAAGAAACAACAACAACCGACGCGGCUCCUCCGACCCAGCAGAACCGCUCAGGAACCCGGGGUUUGGUCCAGCUCUCAGAGGUUUGAGGCUCAGCAUGUCUCUGUUCGGGAAGCUGUUCGGCAGCGGCGGGAAAGGCGGGAAGGCUCCGAGCGCUCAGGAGGCGAUCCAGCGGCUCAGAGAGACGGAGGAGAUGCUGACCAAGAAGCAGGAGUUCCUGGAGAAGAAGAUCGACCAGGAGCUCCUCACGGCCAAGAGGAACGGCACCAAGAACAAGAGAGCUGCCCUGCAGGCGCUGAAGCGCAAGAAGCGGUACGAGAAGCAGCUGGCGCAGAUCGAUGGAACCUUGUCCACCAUCGAGUUCCAGAGGGAGGCGCUGGAGAACGCCAACACCAAUACUGAGGUCAUCAAGAACAUGGGCUUCGCUGCUAAGGCCAUGAAGGCUGCUCAUGACAACAUGGACAUUGACAAAGUGGAUGAACUCAUGCAGGACAUCACAGAGCAGCAGGAGCUGGCACAGGAGAUCUCGGACGCCAUUUCCAAACCUGUCGGCUUCGGGGAGGAGUUUGAUGAGGAUGAGCUGCUGGCUGAGCUGGAGGAGUUGGAACAGGAGGAGCUGGACAAGAACCUGCUGGAGAUUGGAGGCACAGAGAAUGUACCACUGCCAAACGUGCCCUCAACAUCCUUACCUUCCAGACCAGCAAAGAAGAAAGAAGAGGAGGAUGAGGAUGAUAUGAAGGAUCUGGAAGCCUGGGCAGCCAAUUAAUACCUGCUGUUCUCCACACACACACACACGCGCUCUCUCUCUCUCUCUCUCUCUCUCUCUCUCUCUCUCUCUCUCUCUCUCUCUCUCUCUCUCUCUCUCUCUCUCUCUCUCUCUCUCUCUCUCUCUCUCUCUCUCUCUCUCUCUCUCUCUCUCUCUCUCUCUCUCAAACACACACACACACACACACUUCCCACUCCACACUCCACAUACUGAUUAUUGCAAGUGAAAGACUUUAAGGUUUAGCGUGACGUGUUUGGACCUGAGAAGAUGAAGAUAAAUUUAUAGAAGAGGAAAGCAAACAGCACCGCAACUACGAAACACACACUACUCUAAUAAAUCCUGCUGCGCUUUUACCGUCAACAAGUCAUCAAAGCAAGACAGAGGCCACGUGUCUCUCGUCUGUGGACCGUAAGGAUGGAAACCUUGAGGAGAGGCUUCAUGUAGAAUUGAUACUCUAUUGUCUUAUAUAUUGAUCUGAUAACACUCCAAUAGCAGAGAUGCUCUUUACAGCAUACGCCACAAUCUGAUACGGUUUUCCAGCAUUUGGUCGGAGUGAAUGCGUGGUAUUGUUUUAUUUUAUUUUUUCUCCCCAGUUGUUAAUCCGGGGAGUUCUGGACCAGAUUCCUGCACAGUUUGUUGAUUUUCCUGCUCAGACGCUCCUGAUUGAUCCAGUUCAUUUCCGGGUUGAGUCGUUCUGUCGGAGCAGAGGAAUCAGGAAGCUGCGCUGGAGUCUGGCUCUCCGUUAAAAGAACACUAAUUUGCUAUCGAAUGCACUUCGGCUCCUGCAUGGUCUCGCUGCAUCAUGAUGAAAAUACCGAGGUUUUUAUUAGAACAGGGACUGGGCUGCUGAGUAAAGGCCGUGAAGCAGAGCCCUGUGAUCGGCUCUUCUCCUCACAAGCGUCGGUGAAUGACCCAAAAGCGUUUUUCGGGAGGAGAGCUGUGGAUGAAGGUCUGGUUUAACGUGCGAGUGUGUAAACAGGUGUCGGUGGUUCAGAUUUAUUAUUUAAUAUCAUGUUUUACUUUGCAGAGUCGGUUACUUUAAUAUUCUGGGUUCAUCCUGGUACAAAGGUUACUUUAUUUUAUUAGGUUCUCUCCUUUUCUAGAGCGAAUAUAAACUCAUUUCAUGUCUGUGUUCCUCAGAGAAGCUCUGUAUGAGGCUGGGAUGUUCUGGAGGUGCUCCUUUCUGUGUGUUUGCCUGUAAAAGGUUUCUGAGUUUUGUUUUCCUCAUAAAAACCUUGCUUUCUUACGUUCUGCCCUGCCUUUCGAUGUCCUUCUUAACCGUAUGCCUAAAUUAAAGGUUUUGCCAAAUGA